AUGGCUGAGAAGCUUCCGUCCGAGAAGGUUGGAUAUGCCUCUCACGAUGAGGCAGAGCGUAUUCCCUCCGCGUCGCCAAUUGCCGUCGAGGCUUUAAAGGAGAAUAGCACAGCGAGACUGGUCAACCCUCUGGCCGGAAUCGUGAAAGCUGAUCUGAUGCUGCAAGUGGAACGCUUUGCCGCGGAAAAGGACCUCCUCGACAUCCUGCCUCUCCUAAAGAAAGGGGCGUACGUGGCCCAGGCCGCUGUACCGCUGGCCGAGAUUGAAGAGCUCGAUCCCGAUGAGCAUGAGGCACUCCAGCAUGAACUGAAGCACAAGUGGACCCAUCCAUUCGCCCUCUACGCCACCGUGUUUGUCUGCUCGAUUGGAGCGGCAGUGCAGGGUUGGGACCAGACGGGAUCAAACGGCGCCAACUUGACUUUCCCUGUCGAGUUUGGCAUUGCAUCUGGCUCCAGCAGGGAUAACUGGCUAAUCGGUCUGGUCAACGCUGCUCCCUAUAUCUCUUCUGCCUUCCUCGGAUGCUGGUUUUCUGAUCCAUUCAAUUCUCUCCUUGGCCGUCGUGGGGCGAGUUUCAUGGCCGCAAUCUUUUGCAUCUUGACGCCCAUUGGUGGUGCACUGUCUCAAAACUGGCACCAGCUGCUAGUGACAAGGCUCCUUAUGGGUUUCGGUAUGGGCCUUAAAGCCGCGACAAUCCCCAUGUAUGCUGCAGAGAAUUCUCCCGCCGUUAUUCGAGGUGCCCUGGUUAUGGGCUGGCAGAUGUGGACGGCGUUUGGUAUAUUUCUCGGGUUUGCCGCCAACCUCAUUGUCUACCGAGUAGGAAAAAUCGCGUGGAGACUGCAGAUUGGGUCUGCUUUCAUUCCCGCUGUCCCGCUCGCCCUCCUCAUCUACUUUUGUCCAGAGUCUCCGCGCUGGUUGAUGAAAAAGAAUCGCUACCGAAAAGCUUUCGAGUCGCUCUGCCGCCUACGGAAACACAGAAUACAAGCCGCACGCGAUCUCUAUUAUGUUCAUGCUCAGCUGGUCGUCGAAUAUGAGAUGGCGGCGGCAUCGACCUAUAUGGUCAGACUCCGGGAACUCGUCACGGUUCCUCGUAUCCGAAGAAGCACGAUAGCAGCCUUAGUCGUCUUCAUGGGCCAGCAAUUCUGCGGGAUGAAUAUCAUUGCCUUUUACUCGUCGACUGUCUUUGUCCAAGCUGGCGCCUCUGAGCAUACAGCGUUACUGACCUCGCUGGGCUAUGGCAUCGUCAACUUCGCCUUUGCCAUACCAGCAAUCUUUCUUAUUGAUAGGUUUGGUCGAAGAUCUCUACUGCUGUCGACCUUCCCACACAUGGCUUGGACGCUCCUUGCCGCGGGCUUCUGCUUUUACAUCCCCGAGUCCAGCAAGGCGCACGUUGGCAUGAUUGCCUUCUUCGUUUACGUAUUUACGGCACUCUACUCGGUCGGCCAGGGCCCGGUCGCUUUUGUGUAUUCCGCCGAGGCCUUUCCACUGUCACACAGAGAGAUCGGUAACAGCUGGGCGGUGUCGGCGACGUUUGCUCUGUCCUCGGCUCUCUCCUUAACGUUUCCUCUGAUGUUGAGCAAAUUUACAGCCACGGGGGCAUUUGGAUUUUACGCUGGCAUGAACUUGUUCGUCUUCAUCUUGAUGUUCCUCUUCGUCCCGGACACAAGCGGUUACACACUGGAAGAGCUCGACUACGUCUUUGCGGUCCCGACGAGACGAUUCAUCAGCUAUCAAAUCAGGACGGUUUUGCCGUGGACAUUGAGGCGCUACUUCCUCUUCAGGCGCGGAGAGCCCUUGGAGCCGUUGUAUCACUUUGAGCGCAGCGGUCAACAAGCCCCGGAAUCUCACGUCGAAGAGGGAUCACAUCAAAGUCAGAAGUAG